AUGGUGAUGGAUGGAGAGGAGAGAGACGGAGGCGGCGAAACGGCGGAGGAUGUUAUCCAACAGGUGGAGAGUGUUAUUCAAUCGGCAGCGAGUUUUGGAGAGUACCGGAGGACGCAGAGAAAAGAAUGUUAUAACCUUCUGAGGCGUAUGAGGCUUUUGUUGCCGCUAUUCGAAGAGGUACGAGAGCUUGAAAGCCCGGUUACGGAUAAGGGUAUCGAUUGGAUGCUGGAGUUGAAGAAGGUGCUUGUUAUGGCCAAGAAGUUGCUCAAGUUUUGUCACAAAGGCAGCAAAAUUUAUUUGGCAAUUGAAAGUGAGGCAGUCAUGAUUAGAUUUCAUGGUGUUCAUGACAAACUCACUCAGACUUUGGAUGAUUUGCCUGAUGAGCUUUGUAUUUCAGAUGAAUUUAGAGAACAGAUUGGCCUCAUGGUGAUGCAACUGAAACGAGCAAGGAAGCGAACAGAUACACAAGAUAUAGAACUUGCAAUGGAUAUAAUGGUGGUGUUGUCGAAAAAAGAUGAGAGAAAUGCUGAUAGUGCCAUAAUAGAAAGGCUGGCGCAAAAGCUACAGCUGCAUACAGUUGAGGACCUGAAAAUGGAAACAAUUACUGUAAGGAACCUUAUUAAAGAAAGAGGAGGGGUUAGUGCAGAAACUUAUCAGCAAGUCAUCGAUCUUCUUAACAAAUUCAGACAACUUGCAGGAAUGGAAGUAACCAAUGUUGUCGAUGAGCCUGUUGUGCCGAAAAUGCUCAAGUGCCCAUCUUUGGUGAUCCCUCAUGAGUUUCUUUGUCCAAUCACACUGGAAAUAAUGACUGAUCCUGUGAUUGUUGCAAGUGGACAGACAUAUGACAGAGAAAGCAUACAGAAGUGGUUCGACACCAAUCACAAGACAUGUCCAAAAACGAGGGAACUUCUGCCUCAUCUGUCAGUAGCACCAAACUAUGCUCUCAAAACUCUAAUCCUGCAGUGGUGCGAGAAGAACAAGUUCAAGCUUCCGGAAAAGGAAGCUUCCCAGGGCCAGGAAAGCUCCUCCACGGUGGACAAAGAGGAGAUUUCAUCCCUGGUUGAAAAGCUAUCUUCCAGUCAAUUAGAAGUACAGAGGAAGGCUGCCAUGAAAAUUCGUUUGCUCUCAAAAGAGAAUCCCGAGAACAGAAUUUUGAUUGCGCAAAGUGGAGGAAUCCCACCAUUAGUUCAACUUCUUUCCUAUCCAGACUCUAAAAUUAAACAGCAUGCAGUGACAGCUCUACUGAACUUAUCAAUUGACGAAACAAACAAGAAGCUCAUAACCAGAGAAGACGCCAUACCAGCUAUUAUAGAAGUCUUGAAGACCGGAAGCACAGAAGCUAGAGAGAACUCUGCAGCAGCUCUAUUUAGCUUAUCAAUGCUUGAUGAGAACAAAGUUAAAGUAGGAUUAUCAGACGGCAUUCCACCAUUAGUAGAGUUAUUGCAAACUGGGACAAUUAGAGGUAAAAAGGAUGCUGCAACUGCGUUGUUCAACUUAUCAUUGAACCAAGCAAACAAGGCAAGGGCCAUCAGUGCCGGCAUUGUACCGCCUCUACUCAAGGUACUCAAGGACAGAAACUUGGGGAUGGUGGAUGAGUCUCUCUCCAUCUUCUUGCUUCUUGCGUCACACCCAGAUGGACGGCAAGCCAUCGGAGAGUUCUCAUUCAUCGAAACUCUUGUUGAGUUUAUCCGAGAAGGAACCCCCAAGAACAAAGAAUGCGCAGCAUCAGUACUCCUAGAGUUGGGAUCAAACAACUCAUCUUUCUUGCUCGCCUCACUUCAGUAUGGAGUAUAUGAGGAUUUGGUUGAGAUCACAAAUAGUGGAACCAAUAGAGCUCAAAGGAAGGCAAGAGCACUCUUACAACUCAUUAGCAAAUGUGAACACGUUUAA